CCGCAAACGCACAAACAUAUACAAAUAGAGCUGCUAGAAUUACGCUACAGCUCUGCGCUCUGCCUCCCAGCAUAAGCGCGCAAUUAUGCUAAUGGCUGCUGCCCACGAGAACGAUAACAACUACUGCUCGAGCGAGCCCCCUGCUAAUAGAGAGUAGCCAGUAGCAGAGUCAACCCACUCAGACUCAGACACUCAGCCGGUCGACAUCAUCAGCGUUACUUUUUAGGGGACUUUGGGCUGUGAAGCAGCGAAGCAGCUCAGUCUCUGUUGGACGGCGGACGAUGAAGUCAUUGGGGCGUUAUAUCGCAUUGCAGUGCUCCAUUUGAUUUGAUUGCUUUUAAGUGGUUCGUUUACUUUUGUGCCGCUUGCAGUGAGGACAGCGUCGCCAUGGUGAAGAUUUUGCAGGCCUACAACUUUGCCAAGCAGCAGACAUAUGCUCUAAACGGCGACAUUCUGGCAGCCACCCUAAUUGGCAACAAUCGCAUAGCCAUCAGCAGUGCGGAGCAGUUUAUCGAGAUCUAUGACAUUGGUGGUAAGCAGCAGCAGCAGCAGCAGCCACAGCAGUCAGAGCAGCAGGAAUAUGGCACGCAGGAGGAUCAAACAGCAGCGGGAGAUGCGACUUCGCCCACGCCAGCGAUUGAUGAGCGUAUGCCAUUUAGGUAUACCUUGGCCACAGUCGGCGAGGUGGUGCAGCUUAUCUAUUGCGAGGCUGGCAAGUACCUGCUCACCCUGGAGAAGGAGCAAGCUGGCAGUCCGGUGCACUCAAACAGCACCAGCAUAAGCUGCACAUCGAGCAGCAACAGCAACACGGUUUGCUCUGAGGACGAUACCAAAAUGUUCGUGCGCAUCUAUGCGAACUUCUGGAAGUUCCCAGACGCCAAGCUGAAUGAGCUGCCCAUCACAAUACGCAUUGCCUCGAUGACAACGCCCAAGACGCCGCUGAUCGAGAGCAUCGAUGUGAUUGAGCUGCCGCUGCGCAGUCCGCCGGAUUUGGUGCAGACCUGUCAGACGUCCGGCAACAUAAUCGUGAGCAGCAAGGACCGCAUCUAUCUGUACGAGUAUACGCAGUGCGUGCACGAGAAUACCCAGCCGAGGUUCUCGUUCAUCGACUUUCUGCCCUUCAAGUUCUUCGUGCAGCUGAACUUUGUGCCGCUGCGCCUGUGCCUGGCCGAGAAUGUCAUCGCCUGUCUGAACCAUCGCUAUUGUGUGGCCUUCAAGGUGGUCGAUGCACUGGCCAACAAGGCGGCAACCGCUGCCGCCGCUGCUGGGCAUGAUCACAGCUGCCUGGACAAUGAUUAUGCGGGCGACGAGCCCCUGUCAGAGUCGCUCAGCUUGGGCAGUAAGGCGAGUGCAGCGGCUGUCAGCAGCACGCACAGUCAGCAGAGCUGUGAGAGCGAUUCCUUGCAGUCGUCCAGCAGCGCCAAGCCUGUGCUGAUAAGCGGACCGGGCUUAGCUGGACGCACGCCUCUCGAUUUCAAUGUGGCGCGACUGGUGAACACGGCCUAUGGACGCGAAUUCGAGCCUGAGCUGCGUUCUCAGUGGGAUCAGUGCGAGAAUGGCAACAAUCGCUGCGGCGGCACGGAAGAUAACACGCAAGAGAUAACCAUAACGCCACAGCGCGCCUCGGACAUUAAAAUCAAGCUUAUCAACGAGGCGAAGGCCAUGAAUGUGCGAGGCAUCGGUGCAGGCGGCAACAGUGUGACGGAGGACGUGUCGGUGCAGUACGAUAUACGGAAACUGCUGCAGAUAUGCAUGAGGACUUCGGAUCCGCAGUCACGCGUCUUGGAUAUACUGAGAUGCAUGGACCUGAAGGCCAUCUAUCAGCGCAACAACGAACAGCAGCCGGAUGAGGAUGACGAAUACGACAUGGGCAACCAGCAGGUGCCCAGUGCCGUGACCACUUUCAAGCAUGCCAAUCGCCGGACUCUGAAGUCCUCGCAGCACCAGCGCUGUGUGGGCCAUGCGCUGCUCGUGGCCAGCAGCGUGGAUGGCUAUCUGUAUCAGUUCUGUGCGCAGGGCAAGUGGUACAGCGAGAACGAGAAGCCGGUGGCCAGCUACAGCUUUACGGCGCCUGUGCUGCAGGUGCAUGUGAACGACUAUGUUAUCUUUGCCGUCACCUCGGAGUCUGUGGAAACGCAUACCUCGCGCAUUGGCCACAAGCUCUUUCACAAUCGCUUCGAGUAUCCGAGCAUUGGCGGACUCUUUCCCGAGGAGUCCUCGCCAGACGUCAGCUCACCCAUUGCUGUUAUCGGCCUGGCCGCCUUUAUGCACGUGCAAUUCGUGUGCGUCAAUCGAGAGCAGUUGGUGCUGAUCACGAAUACCGCGCUGGAGCAGCACAAGCGUCGCAGCACCGGCGAGGUUGUCCCGGUGGCUGUCAAACGGAACAUUGCAGCUAGAUUCCUGGCAGAGGCCAAGGCCAAGCACAACAGCCUGCUGAGAAGCAGCAGCACCGCCGCCCAGUCCUCUGUGGUAAAUGAGUGGACGCUCUACAACCUGGAGGUGCCCAAGGUGGAGCACAUUAUAGAGGAUCUCGAGGGCAUUGCCGAAUCGUAUCGCAGCGUAAGCAGCUCGAAUUUCUACGAUUUAAUGGAGGAGGCGCAUAUUAUGCUCAGAUUGAGCUUGACCCUGCAGGGCGAGCGCUUGAGUGUGGAGAGGGAACAGGAGCUGCGUAAGAUGUUUAUGGCCAAUUGCAGAAAGUUGGCUGACUUUUCCAUACGCUCCAAUAAGCAAGAAGUCUACUUGCAAGCCACGGGCUUCUACAAGAUGUGCCAACUGCAAUUGGUGGAUAUCUAUAACAACUACAUAGCCGCGUUCAUGGACAACGAGCAGGUGGUGGAGACAUCACAGUUAGCUGGCCUCAUCUAUACCGUAAAACUGUUUUUGCUCAGCCUGGGCACGGAUCGCUUGAGGUCUUCGUUUUUGCAUCAAACUGUCUCGCCAUAUUUCACGCCCGCUCGCGUGCUGCAGCAGGGCUACAAACAAGUUCCUCUCUCCAUGGAAUUUCUCAAUAUGUUCAUCAAACAUGCGCCCGCCGAUAUACCGGCGAUAAUGCUCAGCUCCCCAGUGGUGGCCGAUGCCAUGAGCGGCGAGCUGAUCAAUUAUCUCAAGUACUUGACGACGCUCACACCCGAUGAGAAUCUGUUGCUGGCUGUCACAGCUUGUCGCAUGUCGAACUAUCUGCUCGCUCAGGAAGUGAUUGCCAAGUCCACGCGUCGCUCUCUAGCUGUGGCGCUGAUCAAGCAUAAGAAUGUGCUCUUUGAUGACAGCACUGUGCUUUAUCAGCGUCGGCAGCAGCCAGAGCCCCAGUCGCAGUCGCUGAAUGCCGCGCGUAAGCGCUCCCGUCGGGGCGCCACAACGAAGGGCAAGUCUUCGGGUGGCUGCGCAUCGACGCCGACGCCCAGUGCCAUAAUUUCCUUUUCGGAUUUCUGCGAGACCAUUCUGCUGGCGACCGAGCAGCCCGCUCUCAUUGAGGCCAUUAGCGAUGCCUUCAUACAUGCUCUGUGCAUGGAGCACAGCCUAACGCUGGACGUGGUGCUGCAGCUGUUUCUGAACUACAUCGCCUCGCACAUUGGCCAGAAGGGCUAUCAGACGUCGCAGAAGGUGUUCGUGAACAUCUUGCAAGUGUAUUACUAUGAUCUGUACGACGUGAGCUCGUCGCUCCAGCCGCACGAAGUGCGCUCGCAGACGCCGCCUCAGCUGGACGACGACUAUGAUGAUGAGUGCAGCAGCUCGAGAGCGCCCUCUCUGCACAGCGAGGCCGAUGUGCAAUCGCUGUCCAGUUCGUGUGCCAGCUCGGCGCCCGAUGAGCGCUCGAUCAGCGGCCGACAGCAGCGCAUUGUAUACGACCAGCUGCAGGAUCAGCAGGGCGGCUCCCCAUUUCAAAAGCGCAGCUCGAAUGCUUCGUUGUCUCAGCUGCAGCCAGACGGUGAUGCGGCUGCCACAAAUCUGAAAGGUCUCAAAAUACUCUUUCGCAUGUUCAUGGGCCGCUUGAAGGCUCUCAGUGAUCUCAUUACUGACCUGCAGUCUGCUGAUGUGGAGCAGCAGAGCAGCCGCGAGGAUUUCUUAAAUCUGCGCAUGGAAUGCAUUGCAUAUAUGGUCGGCAUGGCCCCGAACUAUUGCAGCAAGCCAAGCGUACGGCAAGUCAACGAACCACUAUCGAACAAGCUGAUAUUUGUGCCCUAUAUACCCGAUUACAAGCUGCCAGAGGGCGAGGAGUUCGAGCAGCACAUCAAAGCCUAUAUACGACCCAUUCCGUGCUUGUUGGAACGUCCGCAGUACUUGAAUCGCUUGCCGCCCUUUGAGCGCAGCGACUUUAGCUAUCCCAAGAAGGACGAAGGCGAGUUCGAGGUGCGCUUCACGGGCUGGCACAAUGAGCUCUUGACUCUGACUCUCAAGAUUCAGAGUCUGCUGGCCUCCAGCAAGGUGGAUCGCGAAAUCAUAUCGGAGUUCUUGGCAUUCAUACAGAAAUCGCCGAAUCUAAUAGGCAUCGAUAGCUUCUUGGUAAUAAUAUUGCCCAAGAAUCUGGCUAUCAAUUAUAUGCUUAGCUUCUGUCCCGCCUACUUGUGGCAAUAUGGCAAGUCGUGCGGAUUUACGCCUAAGCAUUGGGAGUCGCUGCUGCGUAAGAUUCUUAGUAAACAAGAAUCGCUGCCCAAUUGGAAAUCACAUAUAGCAGAAAUACUAAAUAAUCUCGUAGCUGAGCUGAGCUUUGAGGAGCUGCUGCAAUGCUUUCCCAGCGAGGUCAUCAAGAGCCGGAAUACAGCACAAUACUUUGCCAAGGAAUUUGCUGAAACAUGCGUUUUGUACGAGCACGAGCAAUUGGUAUUUCAGAGGCCUGAGAAGCCGGCCGACAGCAGGGAUCACUUGCCCAUGGAUAACAUCGAUGAGGAUAAUGUAUUCGAGCUGACGCUACGCAAAGCCGUGGCCAAGCAACGCAGCAUCGCGUUGCGCUCGAUGAUUGAGUCGACGGGCACUCAGCUGUUCGAUGCUACUAGUAAUCCUAUGUAUAAUCUAUAAACAGUCUAGGCUUGCUCUGGAUAUGUCGGAGCAUUCCCCUUUUAACUAGUUGGAAAAUUAUCAUACUUGCAAAUUUAUAAGAUUGAUUGAUAUAUAACUAGGAACGUAGAGAAACAAACAACGUUGUAGUUGCGGCCGAGAGCUGCAUAUUUAUACUGUAUCAGUUUAUAUAUAUACAUAUAUAUAUAGCACUAUAUAACAUAUACAUAUAUGAGAAAAGUUUUUGUAGAAUCUCUAACAAGAUAUUAUAAUUAGUUCACAUUUUGUUUGACACAAAUGCAACAUUUCGGACGGUAUUUACAACUGUGGAUAUAAGAAUUGAUUUACGACUAACUUUUGUAGGUUGUAUAUUAAGAGUAGGCACUUUUAUGCAGUGUUCGCUAGUGGCACGCCAUAUAAAACCAGUUAAAAGCCUGUUAAGUGCUUAAAAAAAAAUAAAAUUAAUAUAAAUUCAUUUAAGCUGUUAUUGAGAA